AUGAGGCAGGGACAGUCGUCCCGGACACCUACGGCCCCGGAGCCCAGGCCGCCCCCCUCCGCCCCAUCCCUCGCAACAAGGCCAGCCCGCCAGCCGCAGCCUGUCUCCUGGGUUAGACCGGCUCCUCGCGGGGUCUGCUACCGGCAGGCGAAGCUCCACACCGAGGACUCGGAGGUGGUUUUAAGACCGCAGCGGCCAGGGCUCCUCCUCCCGCGCUGCUCAGGGAGGCGGGCUGAGCUCUUCACAAGGCCCUGUCAAACGAGCCCGCCAUUCCAGACGGAGACUUCCGCAGCCUACCCGCCUCCUCUCGGCCGGGAGCUGCCGGACCGGAAGCUGCGGGGCCUCGGGGCCUCGGCUAGUUCCCGCCGAGCCGCGAGCCGAGGGUGCGCAUGCUCCGCAGAGGCCCGCACGGGGCCUGAGUAA